UGCCGCUCGCCGAGCAAGUAUUAUCGCGAAAUAUCGCGAAAGUUUAACACGGGCUAGAUAAUCUAGCAGCUGGUCUCCACUGACGAAGAGCUUUGCUACAGUGAGUCGCGGACAUUCACGAUGGUCGUAGAAACCCAGCACCAUCACAGAUCAACGCUCAAACAGAAAAACAAACCCUUCAAGUCCCACCAUGCCACCAAAUCCGCCCUCAAAGAGAUCGCAAAAGGCCGUACCGCCCGCCCGAGCGCAAAAUCGCCAGCAGUAAGCACUGUUGCGCAAGCCCGCCUCAACAGGCGCAACACACAAAAGCAAGCGCAAGCCGCCAAACGCGCCUCCCUCGUCGCUGCAACCCGCAUCUUUAACGGCAUCGACGGCGCCCCACGCAUCAUCGCCAUCAUCCCACUCUCCGAGGACAUCGAUACCCGAGCAUGCAUCCAGGCCCUCGCAAAAUGCGUAGAUGAAGAAAUACACGGCAUCGGUGAGAACGCAAAAAUCUGGACUAUGAAAACCUCCCGCUUCAAAACAUCCCUCCAGUUCCUCCCGGUACCUUUCGCUCGCCCUUAUGCCGCCCUCGAUGCCGCCCGCGCUGCAGACUACACACUCCUUCUCCUCUCACCAACCAUCGAAGUCUCCCCCCCAGGCGAUACCCUCCUCCGCAUGCUCCAAGCGCAAGGACUCCCUACAGUCGUCACUGCCAUCCCACCAACUCUCCCCGAGAACCUCGACGCCAAGUCCAGGCCAUCAGUACUCAAGAGCCUCCUCUCCUUCAUACAGUACUUCGAUCCCGCCCAACGCCGCGUUUUCGAUCUCAGCGCACCAGCCGAAUCACUCAACACCCUGCGAGCGCUCGCGGAGGGGUGUCCCGGCGAAGUGAGGUGGCGUGCAGGGCGGCCGUGGGUUGUGGGCGAGAGCGUGGAGCGGGAGGAAGGUGGAAUGUUGAAAGUAACGGGUAUCGUGCGUGGGGGGAGGCUGAGCCCCAAUCGACUCGUGCACAUCCCUAGCCAAGGGGACUAUCAAAUCUCUAAGAUCAUGUCUGCCCCUCUCCCCCGCAUGAAGCAUGCAAAACCUGGAGCCAUGGAUGUGGAGACUGAAUCUGUGCUUUUGGCGGAACGAGUUCCAUCCUCCGCAGAUUCACUGGUGAGCACGAAUGUUGCUGACGACAUGGCGAACGAGCAGACGUGGCCCACGGAAGAGGAGAUGGCGGGUGCUCCGCAUGGCAUGGUGGAGGGGGAGGUACCAAACGCGAAGAAGGGCACGACGCCGAAGCGCAUCAAGCGCAUUCCUAAAGGCAUGACCGAGUACCAGGCGUCUUGGAUCGUCGAGGAGAGCGACGACGAAGACAAAGACGAAGAAUGUGAAGAUCGAGACGGGGAAAGGGGAGCACAGGUGGAUGAAGACGAGGAGAUGGUCCCCCUCGACGAUGCCUUGGACUUAGAAAGCGAGCGCAAGAGCGUCGUCGCAUUCCAAGAACUCGACAUCGAAGAGGAGCAAAAUCAACUGACAUCUUGGCGCAAGCGUACCCAAGAAGAACAAGAUGCCCAGGCAUUCCCCGACGAAACCGAUACCCCACAGGACAUCCCCGCACACACACGUUUUGCGCGGUACCGCGGGCUUCGUUCCCUCCGCACGAGUCCUUGGGACCCGUACGAAAACCUACCUCGCGAGUACUCGCGGAUAUUUGAGUUCGAGGACUUUAAACGUACCGAGAGAGACAUGUGGCGUGAGCUGGAGGAUGAUGGUAUCGAGCCCGGUACGCGGGUGACUAUCUUUAUCGAGGGUGUCCCGCAGGAAGCUAGCAUCCCCUCCGAGUCACCGUUUGUACUAUACGGAUUACUGAAACAUGAGCACAAGAAAACAGUCCUCCACUUCACCGUGCAGCGGAACACCGAGUGCGAAGGUUCUGUUAAAUCGAAGGACCCCUUGGUCUUAUGCUACGGGCCCCGUAGACUGCGCGUCAACCCCGUAUACUCCCAACACACCCGUGGAGGCGGAAAAGGCGCUAACAACGUGCACAAAUUCGAGAGGUUCUUAUGGCACGGCACCACGACCGUUGCGAGCGUCUACGCACCGAUUGCGUUUGGGAAGCAGCCGUGCAUGCUCAUACGUGAGACAGAAAAUCUACAGGCACCAGAGCUCGUGGCGAUGGGCACGUUCAUGAACCCUGAUACGACGCGUAUCAUCGCAAAGCGAAUCAUCCUCACAGGCCACCCAUUCAAAGUACACAAAAAAACUGCUACUGUUCGGUAUAUGUUCUUCAACCCAGACGACAUCCAGUACUUCAAGCCUAUUCAGUUAUACACAAAACACGGGCGGACGGGACAUAUCCGAGAAUCACUUGGGACGCAUGGGUAUUUCAAGGCGCAUUUCGAUGGGCCGAUCAACCAGAUGGAUACGGUGUGCAUGUCGUUGUACAAGCGCGUGUACCCGCGGUGGAGCGAGAAUUGGGCAUCUGGUGCGGGCAGGGGGAAGGGUGAUGAGAUGGAGGAGUAAAUGGUCAUUUUUGAUUUUGUGGGCAGGGUGGCUUUCGAGGUGGAGCUGCGCUUGAGAUGAUUCAAAACUUGUAGAAGCUUGAAAAAUAUUUCAGCAAUUGUACGAAGGGCUCAUGUAGCUGAUUGAAGCUUGCCCGGAGCAUUUUUCGUCGGAAUU